GGUUGCUCCAAGCCUUGUUAUCCUCGACUCUCCAACAACAGCCUUUUUCACAUCGCAGUAAAGCUCCCACGCAGCAAAGUAUACUACGGCUACUCUUUGAAACUUCCAGGGCUUAUCAUCAUAUUUCGUGCUCUUAUCAGUCUCGCGCUCGGUUGAUGACGCAAGGCCAACGGCAGUUGCCACUAAACCCCGAGAACCCAUUGGUCGCUCUUAGCGCCAUUUGGCUGGGCCACAAUUCCCCGCUUGCCCUGUGCACCGAUUUCUUUCCCUCUUCAUCCCACUUGAAUUCGCAUUCUCGACCAUCAUCGCAACUUUGCUUUUGCGUACAACUUUCGACUCUUGCUGGUACUGGCCGCGGAUUACCACAGCCUUGAAAUAUACGCUACACGUGAUACCACCGACAACAUGUCAACCUCCGCCGAGGACCGCGAGGUCAUGGAGAGGAUCGCUCGCCUGGCCAGUCGCGUUAAUCGACACAAGAAUCAGCAGGCCGGCCUCAUCCCUCCCCCGCCCUUCCGAGCCCAGCACCGUAUGUCCAUCGACUCGAAGAGUGCCCGCCGCACCGAUAUUGAUAUUCCCAAAGAUACAGGGUACUACCGAGGAUCCCACCGCGGACAUCCGUACCGUGGUUACCAUGGUGCCCCGAGGCCUGUCCAUCGUAACAGGACUCUGGUUUUGAAUGGCGCCUCUCCGUCAAGCAGAUCUGUCGACGAUCUCGGAGCUUCAUCAGAUACCUCUACCAGUUCUUGGGUCCACAAGAAUGACCGCCAUCUUCAGAUCAUCAACUCCUCGGUCUACCAGCAGGAAGCACCAUCACGUCGCCAGGCAAUGGAACAAACUCGGCAACAGCAACUCGCCGCGAAAAACAGACAAGAGCGCGCCAUGUUGAUCAGUCAUCUCAACCGAUUGGCAAACAAUGGAGGCUAUGAGACAGCUAACCAUCAGAAAACCGCCGGCAAAUAUGUUAUCACCGUUGACGGCAUCCAAUUCACCGUGACGAAACAAGGCAGCAAGCUUGUCAAGGUUCCCGGUGCGUCAAGCUCACGUUCAACUGGAGACGGAGAAGUCACUUAUCCCAGCGCAGGCGAUGGAAACUCGGCAAAGGCAACCCCCAGGAUGGCCGUGGUUGGCGGUGUCAAGUUUUACAGAAGCAAGAACGGCAACCUGUAUCGGCAUGGCGUUGUCAAGGCCCAGCGGCAAUCUGGCACCGUGAAGAAAGUCAACGUGCCUUGCAAACAGUUUUCGAUGAUGGGCUCCUGCGCCAAAGGCCCCCAGUGCCGGUAUACCCACGAUCCCCAUAAGGUUGCCAUCUGCAAAGACUUUUUGCUGGGCGGCUGCCCCAACGGCGAUGACUGCGAUCUCUCCCAUGACCCCACCCCCGAGCGCACCCCAGCCUGUUUGCACUAUGCUCGAGAUAGCUGCACCAAGUCUGAUUGCAAGUAUGCUCACGUGAAAGUGUCUACAGCUGCCCCCGUAUGUCGCUCCUUUGGCUUCUACGGCUACUGCGAAGGAGGUGCAGAAUGCCCCGAGCGGCAUGUGUUUGAGUGCCCCGAUUUUAGCAACACAGGCACGUGUAAAAUCCGGGGUUGUAAGCUCCCCCACCGAGAGAGGGCAAGCGUCCUUCGCAAAGCGUCGAGCUCCAAGAGCGAAGACGUAGAGAUGGAGGAUGUUUCAAGCGACGACGAUGGGGAGUCUAUCGACGACUAUGAUGUGGACUCGGACGAGGUUGACGAGUUCAUUGGCGAGGAUGAGACUGGUGGUCUCGAUUUCACUGAGCAAAAGGACUUCAUCGAACUAUGAUGACGAUGCGUGCCUUGCGGUGCUCUGACUGAUACGUUACACCCGCCAUUUCUUUUCUUUGCAAUUUGUUCUUAGCAGGCAUCGAUACCCUUUUGUUUUUUUGUUCUGUUCAGGAGAGCCUGGAGUUACCCGUCAACGACCUCGAGUCGUGACGAUGUUGGAUUAUAGAGCAAGAAAAAGCAAAAGUACAUAGCUAAAGAGGAAUUGAAGAAUAUUUGUACCAGAC